AUGGGUACCAUUUCAUUCAAACUUCUAGUUGCAUUUUUGCUCAUGGCAGCAUCCAUGACAUCAGCUCAUGCCAUACCAGCAAUAGAUCCCAAUGUUGAUACGCCCACCAAAGCUCACGAGCUUGUUUCCCGUGCUGCUCCAGACAGGUUUCCAACAAACUCCGCUGUUGCUACCAGUGCUGAAGCCUAUACAAAUUGCUGCCAGUACAAAGAAUUUGACGAUGGCAGGCUAAAGUUCACUUUGAAUCUCGCCGGUUGGGGAAAUACAAACCAUAAAAAGAAUCACACAAUAUCCGAUGACAUGAAUUGCGCUUAUGAACUGAUCAGUGAAAUAAUGAGAAUCGACGCAAGUGUUGAAACAAUAUAUGAUUCGAUAUGUGUCCCCUCUUACGGUGCUCUCAGAGACACCUUUGUGACUUUCUACUAUUCCAAUCCGGAUCCUACCACUGUGCUUUUGGCUUUGAACAGUGUGGAUCCAGGGCCUGAACUGUGGGGAUGCAUUCUUCCGAAGACUGGUAAUGAAGAUUCCUGGAUUUGUAAACCGCAACAGUUGAAUAUCUGA